AUGAAUAGGAAGAAGUUGACUUACUAUACCCCUAGAUUUGCUCGUGGUACUACCGGUGGAAAGGGUGGUGAGUUUUACGCGGUCAUUGACCCCAUUGAUAAUGCUGCUGAUCCCAAGCCUAGAACUCUACGUCAUGCUAUCACCCAAACUGGACCACCUUGGAUCACUUUCAAAACGUCCAUGACCAUCAAGCUGGAACAGGAGCUCAUUGUUACAAGUGAUAAGACCAUUGAUGCGAGGGGAGCCAAUGUAGAAAUUUGCAAUGGUGCUGGUAUUACUAUCCAAUUUGCGAAGAACGUCAUUAUCUAUGGCCUUCAAAUCCAUCAAAUUUUUCCCGCCAAGGGUGGUAAGAUCAAAGAUGGUGAAAACUACCAUGGAUUACGGGGUGCCAGCGACAGAGAUGGGGUCUCUUUUUUCGGAGCAACCAACACUUAG